CCCACACUUCUCCUCUCCUCCACAUCUCUACCAAAAUGGCAACAUUUUUCUCUACACAAACGUCACUACUUCUACCUCUUCUUAUGUCUCUUUUGCUGCCACUCUCUAUGCCUUUUACGGUCAUUGUUUCCGAUCCUGGCAACCAAUCCGCCUUAAUAGAUGGGCUUCGAAAUGGGUUUUCUAUGAACAUUAGCGGAGCACGAACGGAGACCCACGAGCAAGAAGCUGUCUAUGACAUUAUGAAGGCUACCGGCAACAAUUGGGCGACUGACAUUCCUGACGUUUGCCGCGGCCGGUGGCAUGGCAUAGAGUGUAUGCUGGAUAAAGACGAUGUGUAUCAUGUUGUUUCAUUAUCUUUUGGUGCAUUGUCUGAUGACACUGCCUUUCCUACUUGUGACCCAACAAGUUCUUAUAUUUCACAAUCCAUUACUAAGCUUCCUCACAUUAGGACCUUGUUUUUUUACCGUUGCCUUAGUCAUAACCCACAACCCAUCCCUUCAUUUUUAGGGCAGUUGGGCCCAACUUUGCAAACGUUAGUGCUUAGAGAAAAUGGACAUGUGGGUCCAAUCCCUAAUGAAUUGGGCAAUCUUACCCGUUUGAGGGUUCUUGAUCUUCACAAAAAUAACAUCAACGGUUCAAUCCCAGUUUCCUUGGGCCUGUUGACCAGCCUAAGGUCGUUAGAUUUGAGCGGGAACAGAUUAACCGGUUCAAUACCCAGUUUAAGUUUUCCGGUUUUGAAUGUUUUGGACUUGAACCGAAAUCUUUUGACCGGUUCAAUCCCAUCUAGCCUGGGUUAUUGUCGUUCUCUAAUCAAAAUGGAUUUCAGCCAUAAUCGUCUGAGCGGUUCGAUUCCUGAUUCUUUCAGUGGCUUAAAAGAGCUAAUCCUUAUGGAUUUAAGCCAAAAUCGCCUAUCAAAGCCACUUCCGAUUUCAAUCAGAAGCUUAAGCUCUCUCCAAGCGUUAAUUCUGGAAGGAAAUCCAAUGUCAACUACACUUGCUGGUGAUGAAUUUGAUGGUAUGAAAGGUUUAAUUAUCUUAAUCCUCUCAAAUACAAAUCUGCAUGGUCCAAUCCCGGAUUCAUUAGGCAGAUUAACAAACUUAAGGGUCAUUCAUCUCGAUCGGAAUUGCUUCAAUGGUUCAAUUCCUACAAACUUCAAGAACCUGAAAAAUCUGAGUGAACUAAAGCUAAACGACAAUCAAUUGUCCGGGCCAGUUCCAUUCGGAAGAGAAAUGGUAUGGAGGAUGAGGAGAAAGCUGAGGCUUCAGAAUAACACAGGACUAUGUUAUGAUUGUAAUAGUGUUUUUGAAGAUGGGUUGGAUUCAUCAUUUGAUUCAGGCAUCGGUCGCUGCGAUAUGGGCAGACCCGUUUCAGCAAGGACAGUGCAGCACCUCUCUAGCACUGAUAGGAGUAUGCCAUUGGCAAGCAGAGUUAAUAAAUCCUCUGGUGCAGUUCUGAAAGAUUCAAUUUUGGUUAGGUUGCUUCAACAAACGAUAGUUGUUGUUUUUAUUUUGUUUUUAUUGUAAGGUGAGGAAAGUAGCAGCUGCCAUGUAUAAUACAGAGUUAAGUUUGUUUUCAAUUGUAUUAUAAGUUCCUUCGAUUCCCAUUACUACAAGAAAAAAAAACGAAUCAUCAAUAUUUUAAGGUCUUCUGAUUGAAGCCAAGCCCACUAGUCCCACUGCCAUAGCACUACCAGGCCCAGCGUAUCUUCUAUUAUUGGAGUCGUUUGCCUCUGAGCCACUCUCGAAUUCAUUCUUCUGUUGGGUUGUAAUUAAUGGAGGCAGACAUCGAUGUGUCGAAUCGUAGCACAGUUGGGUUGUGAUAUCGUUCUCGCCUUUCAUCUGAGAUGUGCCGAUAAAUCUUCUCUGUUUCUCCAUUUUCUGUUUUGCCGAUGCGAAUGCAAUGUCAUGUGCCUUCGACCAUGUUCUCCAUCUCGCUCAUCCUCACGCCAAGACACGACGUGGACCGAGCUACUCACCCCACUAGACGUCGACGCAGCAUCUUUGACCAGGCCAUAGUCGGCUUCUUCUCCCCUAUCAACUCACCUAUUCUUGUUUUUGUUUGGGUUUGUGAUUUACCUAUUCUCUAUCGAGAUUACUGCCCUAGAGUUGGGGCCAAAGAUUGCUGUUGUUCAGAUUUGUUGUCUAAAUGUCUUACUAUUUUUUUUUUGUUCAUAUUUGUUGUGUUGAUGAUGGGUCGUUGUUGUUUACCUGAGAUUGCUCAUAGAUUUGGAGUCUGGAAAUUUGUUCCUGUUUGAUGGUUGCAAUGAGAAGAAAAUUGAUGAA